AUGGCUACAACAAUCGUCUUCGUUCCUGGAGCGUGGCACCGUCCCGAGAUAUGGAGCAGAGUUACAUCGCUUCUCCCAUUCAAGACCGUCUGUCCCGCUCUUCCUACAACGACUGGCUCCGGAACGUUCAAGGAUGACAUCGAUGCAGUCCGGGCUCCCAUCCAAGCUGAGAUAGCGUCUGGGAACAACGUAGUCGUCGUCGCGCACUCCUACGGCUCCGUUCCCGCUUCCAGUGCUCUCAGGGGACUCACCUCGGGCUCUCCGCGCGUCAUCGGAUUCAUUGGUAUAGCUACAGGGUGGGCCACUAUUGGUAAAAGCUUCAAUGAUGCCUUCGAGGGGAAACCGCCGCCAAUCUGGGAGAUCAAGAAUGGUCUCGUCGAGCUCACCAUCGAUCCACGAGAACUGUUCUACCACGACGUCGACGAUGCAGAUCAAUGGGUCGCCAAGCUCGAUAAACAGUCGGCGGAGGCCUUCGAUGGAGGCGAGCACGUGUAUCCUGGCUGGAAAGAGGUCCCCGCCUGGUAUUUGGCCACCAUCGAAGAUAGGGCGUUGCCGUUCCAGGCACAGAUGAUGUUUGUGCGGCAGGCUCAGGCUGAAGGGGAUGUUACGAUUCGUGAGAUCGCGGCCUCGCACUCUCCGAUGCUCAGCAAACCGAAAGAGACGGCAGACUUUAUUCAAGAGGCUGUGAGGGCGUUCCAAAAAUCCUAG